AUUCCAGUCCAUUCCGAAAUUUAAUACCAUAAUUAUGUUUCUAAGAAUUAAAAUAUAAUAAUUAUAUCAAUUUAUUUAAUAUUAAAAAUUUUUUAAACAUCUUUAAUUAUUUCAAGGUUAAUAUCAGUAGAUGGCGGUAUUUGUUUACUUUCGUUAUCGAAUCCACGAGUGUGCGAGUACAGAAAAUAAAUUUGUGUAACUUUUAUGAUUUUGACAAAUGUGAAGAUAAUAGCAUUGUUAAUUUUUCAAAAUUUAAUGAUGAGUUCUUCCAAUGAAAAUAUUUUAUCAAAUAAAUACUGUGAAAAAGAAGACAUGAAUUGCUUUAUUAAUGAAUUUCCUAAAACAAUCAAAGAAUUUGGUUAUUAUUUUAAUGAAUAUGGCCAACUUCGACAUAGUAAGACAAAUGAACCAUUCAAAUUUGAAGUAAAAGAGGAAGAUUAUGAUUAUAAUCAAAGACAUUAUGAAAUAUUAGGUGAAUUGGUAACAGACUAUGUAUAUGAACUACUGAUUAAUGACACAGGAUUGGUAAAAAAAUAUAUACCAUUUGAUGCUUCCUCUGAUGAACCUCAGACCUUUGUAUUCAUGAGCAAUGACGUAGUAAAAAAUCAAGAUAAAUUAUUAGUAUUAAUACAUGGCAGUGGAGUUGUGAGAGCAGGACAGUGGGCACGCAGAUUAAUUAUCAAUGAUUGUUUGGAUAGUGGAACACAAUUGCCAUUUAUUAAAAGAGCACAAGGUUUAGGUUUCAGUGUGGUUGUUUUGAAUACAAAUGAUAAUUAUAAGGAAAUAAACAAUCAAAAAGUUUAUAUCAGAGGAAGUGAAAAUUCUGAUAAUCAUGCUUUAUAUGUAUGGAAAAAUAUUAUUCAGAAGACUCCUGCUAAAAAUAUUGCUAUAAUUGCUCAUAGUUAUGGAGGAGUUGUAACAAUGAAUUUGCUCAAUAUGCUUGGUGAAUCAUUUCAAAACCGCGUAUUUGCCAUUGCAUUGACAGAUUCUGUACAUAGCCUUAGUCAUCAGAAAGUGAAUAGUCAAGCCAUACAAUGGUUGCAAAAGGUGGCUCGUAAUUGGGUUUCCAGUUCACAACCAUUGGACACUCCACUCAGAACUGACCAGUAUGAAGUUCCAUGUGUAUCUGCUGGUGAUAAAAGACACGAAAUGACGUCUUGGUCAAGUUUUGCAUCAAUUUUUGAAUUCCUAGAUCAUAAAUAUCAAAAAUCAAUCUUAAACAAAGUUAAGAAAACAAAAAAUUGAGGCAAAACAGUUGCAAGUUUUUUUUAAAAGCAAAUAAAUGCACACAUUAAAAUUUUUAAGGUAUUUUUUUAAAAGAGUAAUUAGACAUUGCCAGAAAUAUUAAAAGUUUUAAAAGCUUAAAUUGUUACUGCUGAUAGUUUGUAUAUUAGAUGAUAACACUUAGGAUCAGAUUUUUAUAUUUUUAACAAUUUUAAAAACUGUGAUCAUUUUAUAUUUGUUAUACUUUAUGCAUUCCUAUGUUUUAUGAAUUUAAAGAACACAU